UAUACUUGUUUUACACACGUUGGCGUCCUUCCUUUCCAUUUUCUCGGCAACCCUGCUCCCACAACUCACAUAGGAAAUGUCUUCCACUCCAAAGAAGCGCCCAAAACCCAAUGCUAAACCGACUUCUUCUUCUUCUUCUUCAAGUUCUUCGCUGAGCCCUUUGAUGGAACCCCCACAGAGUUUCUUUCCCUCCACGGAUGAGUUCCUGCGGCUUGUGGCAGUGCUCGCCAUCGCCACGUUCGUCGCUCUGGGCUGCAACCUCUUGGCCACCACUUUCAUCAACCGCCAAUCCAAGCCCUUCUGCGAUAGCGGCGAUUUAGACUCCCCUGAUGCAAUCUCCGAUUUCUGUGAGCUUUGUCCAAGUAACGGAGAAUGUUAUCAAGGCAAGUUGGAAUGUGUGCGUGGUUAUAGAAAGCAUGGGAAGUUCUGUGUAGAAGAUGGAGAUAUUAAUGAAACAGCUAAGAAACUUUCGGAGUGGGUAGAAGUUCAUCUUUGUGAAGCAUACGCUCAAUUUUUGUGCAAUGGAAUUGGGACAGUUUGGGUAAGAGAGGAUGAUGUAUGGAAGGAGUUAGAUGGGCAUGAGCUGAUGAAAAAUGUUGGCUUGGACAGUGCUACCUAUAUGUAUACAAAACAAAGGACAAUGGAUGCUGUUGGCAGAUUAUUGGAGACAAGGAGAAAUCCUCAUGGGAUCAAAGAGUUGAAGUGCCCAGACUUGUUAGUUGAGCGUUAUAAGCCAUUUCCCUGUCGCAUCCGUCAGUGGCUCACUGAGCAUGCUCUUAUUAUUUUUCCAGUUUGUGUGCUGCUUCUCGGAUGCACAUUUUUUCUCCUGAAAGUUCGUCGCAUACAAUAUCUAUCAAGCAGAGCUGAAGAACUAUACCACCAGGUUUGUGAAAUACUGGAGGAGAAUGCAUUGACGUCGAAGAGUAUAAAUGGGGAACGUGAACCUUGGGUUGUUGCUUCUAGGUUACGAGAUCAUCUUCUUUUACCAAGAGAGAGGAAGGACCCUGUGUUAUGGAAAAAGGUAGAAGAAUUGGUUCAGGAAGAUUCUCGAGUAGAUCGUUAUCCAAAGCUUGUGAAGGGUGAAUCAAAAGUAGUAUGGGAAUGGCAAGUUGAAGGCUCUUUGAGCUCUUCAAGGUUGAGAAAAAAAUUAGAGGCAAGCAAAUUGAAGUCUGCUGAAGGCAUGGACAUAAAUUCUGAUAAACAACGCAAUGCAUUGAAAACUGACAACACAUUUCAUGCAGAGCCUAAGGCACUGAUAUUUUGACGUGGUGUCAGUAUCCUCUCUCAAUCCCAUGUGCUGAAACAACUCAGAGCCUAGCCAAGGUCUUUUGUAAUAUUGAGUCUAGCUCUUUCUUUUGUACUUUAUUGGGGAUUGAAUUUAUGUCUGACUGAUGGAAAUUUGUAACCUUACGAUUGAAGAAUAUAGAGCUUGUAUCAGGUUUCGAGAUAGUUCAUAAGGUCCAGUUUUAUCCUGUAGACCAGUGUUCUGUUUGGGUCCUGUGAAUAGUUGAAUCAAUACAAGUUUUAGAUUGUCA